CCCGGUCCGGCGGCGCCCAGACCCCCGCGAGCGGGCGAAUCCCCGCCGCACGUUCCGCGGACUCCGCUGGCCGCGUGCCCGGGGGCUGCAGUGGCGGCCGCCGCGGCACCGGGCAGAGCCCCGCGUGUGCCCGCGCCCUCACCCCGGGACCGCCGCCUGGGCCGGCGCAGGGCGAGCCCGGGGCUCUCCAUGCUGCCGGCCCGGGGGCUGCGGAGUCGGCCGGGUGGCUCCUGCGAUGGCGACGGAAGAGGAGGAGGCGGCGAGAGGUAAAGUGUUGAUCGAAGGGAACCAGUGCAUUGCUGCCAUGGUUUCCAGUCAUCUGAGCCCAUGGACAAAACCAGCAACUAUUGGAUCCUUCAGCCCACCUGUGACAGAGUUUCCAAGAAAACGAAAAGGGAGUGAUUCAGACCCAUCCCAAAUGGAAGAUGGUGAACAACAAGUAAAAAUGAAGUCCUUCAGAGAAGCUCAUAGCCAAACCGAAAAGCGCAGGAGAGAUAAAAUGAACAACCUGAUUGAAAAACUGUCCGCGAUGAUCCCUCAGUGCAAUCCCAUGGCACGGAAACUGGACAAACUGACAGUUUUAAGAAUGGCUGUUGAACACUUGAGAUCUUUAAAAGGUAUGACAAGUUCUUAUGCAGGAAAUAAUUACAGACCUUCAUUCAUUCAGGAUAAUGAGCUCAGACACUUAAUUCUUAAGACUGCAGAAGGCUUCCUAUUUGUGGUUGGAUGUGAAAGAGGAAAAAUUCUCUUCAUUUCUAAAUCAGUCUCCAAAAUACUUAAUUAUGAUCAGGCUAGUUUGACUGGACAAAGCUUAUUUGACUUCUUACAUCCAAAAGAUGUUGCUGAAGUAAAGGAACAACUUUCUUCCUCUGAUAUUUCACCAAGAGAGAAGCUAAUAGAUGCCGAAACUGGUUUGCAAGCUCACAGUAAUUUCCACACCGGAAGGAGUUGUGUGUAUUCUGGCUCAAGACGAUCCUUUUUCUGUCGAAUCAAGAGCUGUAAAAUCUCUGUUAAAGAAGAGCACGAAUGCUUACUCAACUCAAAGAAGAAAGAUCAUAGAAAAUUUUGUACUAUCCACUGCACUGGUUACUUGAGAAACUGGCCUCCAAAUAUUGUUGGAAUGGAAGAAGAAAUGGACAAUAAGAAAGACAGUAGUAAUUUUACCUGCCUUGUUGCCAUUGGAAGAUUACAUCCAUAUAUUGUCCCACAGAACAGUGGAGAGAUUAAAGUGAAACCAACUGAAUUUAUUACCCGUUUUACAGUGAAUGGACAAUUUGUCUAUGUUGAUCAGAGGGCAACAGCAAUUUUAGGAUAUCUGCCUCAGGAACUUUUGGGAACUUCUUGUUAUGAAUAUUUUCAUAAAGAUGACCAUAGUAAUUUGACUGACAAGCACAAAGCAGUUCUGCAGAGUAAAGAGAAAAUAUUUACAGAUUCAUACAAAUUCAGAGCAAAAGAUGGCUCUUUCGUAACUUUAAAAAGCCAGUGGUUUAGUUUCACAAAUCCUUGGACCAAAGAACUGGAAUAUAUUGUGUCUGUCAACACUUUAGUUUUGGGACAUAGUGAUACUGGAGAAACAUCAUUACUUCCUUGCAGCUCUCAAUCAUCAGAAGGAUCCUCAAGACAGUCUUGCAUUAGUGUGCCUGGAAUGUAUACGGGAACGGUACUUGGUGCUGGUAGUAUCGGAACAGAUAUUGCAAGUGAACUUCUGGACUUACAAAGGUUACAGUCUUCUUCAUCCCUUGAUGAUUCAAGUCCAACAGAUUUAUUGAAAGAUACUCACACUAUAAACUGCAGGAAUAUGUCAAAUAAGGAGCUGACUACACUAAGUCCUUCUGAAAUAGGGGAGCUACAGGCUACAAAGCAAAACCAAAGUGCUGUUGCUCCCCAUAGGCAUGAACCACUCCUUGGAAAUAUUUUUUCCAUCCCCUCACUUUCAGUCCAUGUGUGUCUUCAGUCCUGAAGUGGUUCUCUUGGCACAUCACAGCCUUCUUUUUUUUUUUUUUUUGUGGUACGCGGGCCUCUAACUGCUGUGGCCUCUCCCGUUGCGGAGCACAGGCUCCGGACGCACAGGCUCAGCAGCCGUGGCUCACGGGCCCAGCCGCUCCGCGGCAUGUGGGAUCUUCCCGGACCGGGGCACGAACCCACGUCCCCUGCAUCGGCAGGCUGACUCUCAACCACUGCGCCACCAGGGAAGCCCCCACAGCCUUCUUGUACAAAGGAACACCAGACAGCACUGUAGCAUUCUGCUUGGGGUCUGUUUUAAGCAGUGACAUCAACAAAAAAACACUAAAAUGUGAAAACCAUGGUUCCCCAAAGGAUGCUCGUUUACGGUAUCAGAGCUGAAUCAGGAAGGCAGUGCAUCACCUUGCCCAGCCUCAACUGGGAAUGUGUGGUCAGGAGACUCAAAAUUUCCACUGCCCUGCGCGAGUCCACAGAUGACUGCAAAAGUGCCAAGAGUUUUGAUUUUGAAGUUUAUAAAUAAAUUUUCGUGAGUAGGUCAGUUUGCAAAUAUGGAAUCUGUGACUAAUGAGGACUGACCGUAUAUAUUCUUGGUUCCUCAGCCACCUCUCCCUCAAGUACCUUCAUUCAUUCUUGGUCUUCUGUUCUAGAACCUUCCUGGGCCUGCUUUCCUGACGCAAAGUCCUUAAUCGAAUCCCUUCCCUCCCCACUGUUAAAGUUGGCUAAUAUCUACCACUCUCUGCAGGGAACAUAUGUGAGCUCGCAGGAAUUGAUUGCAAUAAAUUCAAUCGAAUUUAACAGGUCAUAGUUGAUAUGAUGCCUGUUCCAGAGAUAUUUAUGAUGUUGUAAAAUCUGUUCCUUCAUUAUAUUUAAUGAAACUUUAAUAAAAGUUUGCAGAGUGGGAGGGUGGAUUCUAAAGGAAAUGAGGAUAAAGAAGGAACAUUUCUGAUAUCAUAUCAUGUAAGGGACCACCUACUCUGGGAACUGAAACUUUCUACCUAGGCCCAUGGUUGUAAAAUAUAUUCUGUGAAGUCUAUGGUCCUGGAGUUCUGUUUAAUGCCAGAAAUCUCAGAGCAUGAGAGCUCCCAGACCACUCUUCCUGGGGUCUCUGUAUUUCAAACUUUCAUCUCAAUGUCCAAGGAGAGAUGUACCUGUCGAUUGGCCCCAAGUUUCUAAGCAGAUGGGAUUUUGGAGUUGAGCAUCCCUCAUACCAUAGGAGAUCGCUGGCGUUGGAGUACCUCCUCCAGUGGCUGGCUGGCUGGGAAAGCAUGUACCAUGACAGCCUUUGAAACGUGGUCCAGAUUCUUUAGGGUGGUUUGGGUUUGCCAUCUGUUGUUUAAAGGUUUAUCAUUAUGAAAAGAUGAUUCUAACUAGAGCCUGCUGAGAUAAAAGCUGCUGCCCCAUCCCAUGCUGGGGAAUAUGAGUGUUAUUUCAGUGGCUGUGUGCACAGUUCUGUAAAUCUAUUCCUUGGAUUAAAGCCCAGCUAGAGAAUGGAACAUUCGCUUGUAUGUAUUCCCUGAAAAACUGUCACAAAUUCUCAGACAUGAAGGAACAGCAAGGCUGCCCUGGCAGCUCCCCACAUCGCAGAAUUUCAAAAAUGCCUGUUGUCUCAUUAGAACGAACUGUCUGGGGCUUCCCUGGUGGAGCAGUGGUUGAGAGUCCGCCUGCCGAUGCAGGGGACACGGGUUCGUGCCCCGGUCCAGGAAGAUCCCACAUGCCGCGGAGACGCUGGGCCCGUGAGCCAUGGCCGCUGAGCCUGCGCGUCCGGAGCCUGUGCUCCGCAACGGGAGAGGCCACAACAGUGAGAGGCCCGCGUACCGCAAAACAAACAAACAAACAAACAAAAGAAAAAAACGAACUGUCUGAACAAAAGGAGGUAGGAAGAGUGAAAGGAGCCUGGAUACGGGCUGCUUUCUCAGCCUCCCGGCCCCUCCUCCGCCAGCCUCACUCCUCCCAGAUGUUUUCACUGAACUCCUGUCGGCCUUCCCGGCUUACUCUUUGGCUCACUCCCCAGGGAGCUGUAUUCGCGCAAGUAUGGCAAAUGUGUGAAUCAAGAAGAAAGAUUGCCUUUUCCCAGUUAGGAAACUAGUUUCAGUUUGCUUUUAAAACGAUACUUUUUUUCUAAUUCUGAAAGUUGUCAGGCUCAUUGCAAAAAGUGUUGAAAAAUGCAGAUAAGCAGCAAUGCAAAUCACAAAAAUCAAGUAUAACCCCGUCUUCCGCAUAUAAUCAUUGUUGACAUUUUUGUUUUCUUUUAGCCUUUCUCUGUGAAUCAGUGCGAAUAAACAUGUUUCCAGUUGGAUUAUAUUGGGUAUACUGUUUUGUAUUCUGCCUUUUCCCCCACUUGGUAGUAUAUUCUAAAUAUUUUGCAAUGAUAUCAUGUAUCUUCAGAUUAUAAAUUUUUAAAAUAGACUUUAAUUUUUAGAGCAGUUUUUAGGUUCAGAGAAAAAUCGAGUGGAAGGUGCAGAGAUUUCCCAUAUACCCUUUGCCCCCACACAUGCAUAGUUUCCCCAUUUUCAGUAUCCCCCAAACCCCCAUUUUUAAUAGCUGCAUGGUCUUCCAGUUAACCAAUUCCUAUUGUUGAACUU